AUGCAACGAACAGCUCUUUUGCUCGCCUUACUCCUUUCUUGUACCUCAGCUUUUCUUCAAAAUCCAAUUUGUGCAAGCUGUUCCGGUGGCAAUACAUAUGGCUCAUACAGUAGCUAUCCAAAUAUCAGCCCAAAUCCACUGGCAUACUUUAAUGGACCUACAGAUUUUGGUAAUCAACUUGGGAAAGCCAUUGCAGCGAGCAUUAGUGAUCUAGUUGUAAUAACCCCUAAAGCACACUCUUUCCAGUCUUACUCGUCCGGCUACUCUUCCAGUUCAUCGCAACCAAAAUUGACGUUUGGCUCAUAUCCACAGUCCGGAUUGAGUACUCAGACCUACGGUGGUGCAAAUGACUAUGGACCACAAACCUAUGUGAUCCAACCUGACCUCUAUGGCGGAAAUGCUAACAGCUACGGUGGCCAAACAUAUGGCAACGUACAAACCUACGGUUCACAAGGAGGAUAUGAGAAUCAAGGAUACGGUAACCAAGGCGGAUACACGUUUAGCAGCUUUCCCAAUAACAACGGUUACGGUAACCAAUACAUUGGGCAACCAGCCACCAGUUAUGGCCUCAGUAAUUACGGUAAUAUGGCGACAAAUUACGGUAACAAUUAUCCCACCAACACAUACGGGGUUCCUGAUCCAAUCACCACUGGUGGCGUAUCUACUGGCAACGUUGGCAGUUGUCCUUACUGUUUCGGCAAUAAGGGCGGUUACAAGACGAAAAAAGCGAAAAGAGAAUCAAAAUCAAAAAAGGACUGA